AUGGAUUCGAUAUCAUUGGCAGAGGCUAAAACUAAACGCACAGCCGCAAAGGCCUCUCUAACUCGACACAAGUCUGCCAUAGAAAGCUUUGACGCGAAUCAUGGAUCGCGCCAUGACAUUAUUGAACGCAAAAAAAGACUAUUGGAAUUAUGGAAUCUUUUCGACGUAGUACAAUCGCGAAUAGAGGUACUUGAGAAUGAAGAAGUGUCUGCUCAAGAUUCAGAUCAAUUAAACGCUCAACAUGAGCAACACCGAGCAAGCUUCGAAUCGACAUACUUUAGCUUGAUCUCACGCUGUGAAUCCUUACUUGAACAUUUUGAUCAACGUAACAUUAGGCUUUCUUCGGGAUCUUUUGAUACGCAAGGCGCUAGUUCGUCUGUCCGCAGGGAAGCGCAUGUUAAGUUACCUAAAAUCGAGUUUCCAGUGUUUUCAGGUUCCUACGAGGAUUGGUAUGCUUACCAUGAUAUGUUUGAACAAUUAAUUCACACCAAUCAAAAUUUAUCCGAGAUAGAGAAAUUCCAUUAUUUGCGAUCUUCCCUCAAGGACAAGGCCGCUGAAAUAAUAAAGUCAAUUGAAACUACCACCGACAAUUAUAAGGAUGCCUGGAACGCUAUUAAGGAACGAUUUGACAACAAACGGUGGAUAUUACAAAGGCACAUUAAGGCCAUUUUCGAAAUCGCUCCAGUAACGAAAGAAAAUCAUGCUCAGUUACGUGAAUUAUUAGAUACAGUUUUAAAACAUUUGCGCGCUCUUAAAGCCAUGAGAAGACCCACAGAUACUUGGGACGAUUUAAUCGUUCAUCUUAUAAUUUCGAAACUUGAUACGGUUACUACCAAGGCUUGGGAAACAAGCAUUCCUGAUAUGGAAAUUCCCACACUAAAAUCACUGACUGAUUUUCUUUCAAAACGUUGCAGCGCGCUUGAAGCAAUUUCUAGCAAAUCCUUAAUCAAUCAAUUUGCAAAAUCAAAGAAUUCUUCGGUUUCAAAUCUCGCGACUUCUAAUUUAUCUUGUCUUAAAUGUAAGGAAAAUCAUCCGCUUUACUAUUGUGAAGCGUUUCUCAAAUUACCAGUAGAAAGCAGAAUCGCCUUCACAAAGAAAGUUCAUUUUUGUCUUAAUUGUUUAAGAUCUCAUUCUCACCAAGCUAAAAAUUGCACUUCAAGUACUUGUCGCAAAUGUAAAGGUCAACACAAUACACUUUUACAUUUGUCAAAGUCAACAGACGCUAACGAGUCGUCUAAUGCGAAAACAGCUGUGACUUCCGAUACAGAAAUUUCUGCGAAGCCAGUCGCAACACAAUGUUUAUCUACUUAUCAAUCUCUAGGAAUUAUAUUAUCAACAGCCAUUAUUCAUGUAUUUGACUGUAAUAAUCACAUCCAUUCGUGUCGUAUAUUGUUAGACAGCGGAUCACAAAUGAAUUUCAUUACGCAGAGUCUUGCCGACAAAUUGUACCUCAAUAAAAGGCAAAUAGAUAUAUCUAUUUCAGGUGUAACUAAUGCUAACAUUCGAGCCAAUCAAGCGACAGUCGUUCACAUAAAAUCGCGGUUCAACAAUUUUAGCGAGAGGAUAGAAUGCGUUGUUUUGCCAAAAAUUACUCAACAAUUGCCUCAAAAAUUCAUUUCCAAGCAGAAUAUAACUAUACCAAAUAAUUUAAAGUUGGCCGAUCCUGAUUUUAAUGUUGCCACUGACAUUGAUAUGCUAAUCGGCGCUGAGAUAUUUUGGAAGCUCAUUUGCAAAACUCUCUUGGGAUGGAUUUUAUCUGGUCCGACAUCAAGUAUUCCUAGUAACUCCAGUUCUUCAAUCAUCAGUUGUUUAGCUGUAACAGAAGACUUAAAUCAUGCUCUCAGUCGUUUCUGGGAAUUGGAUCAUUCUAUAUCCGCUUCAACUCUUUCUCCAGAGCACCAAUCUUGCGAGAAUCUAUUCAAGGACACUGUCAAACGCAACAGCGAUGGACGCUUCGUGGUCCAGCUACCGAUCAUACCUGACAAGCUAUCUGAACUCGGUGAAUCAAAGGAAAUAGCCACUCGCCGCUUCAAAUGUUUAGAGAAACGCUUUGUUACCUCUCCUAAAUUACAUGCAGAAUACAAAGGAUUUAUACAAGAAUACAUACAACUUGGUCAUAUGCGUGAGGUGACUCACAUUACAGAUAAUGACAGCCAAACGUAUUACCUACCGCAUCAUGCAGUAUACAAAGAAACUAGUACUUCUACCAAACUAAGAGUGGUUUUUGAUGGUUCUUGCAAAACAACCACUGGAAUCUCGUUAAAUGAUGCAUUAUUGGUAGGCCCCACUAUACAAGAUGAUCUGCUUUCAAUAUUAAUAAGAUUUCGUAUGUACAGAUAUGUCAUGACUGCAGAUGUGGCAAAGAUGUACAGACAAGUUUUAAUCGAUCCGAAUCAAACCUCUCUGCAACGCAUUCUUUGGCGUGACUCUUCGGAUCAACCCAUUCAAACAUUCGAGCUUCUGACCGUCACGUACGGUACAGCAUCUGCUGCCUUCCUAGCCAUUAGAUCGCUCAGGAAAUUAGCUGAGGAUAACUCUGAGAAGUAUCCCGUUGGAUCCGGGACAGUUUUAAACGACUUUUAUGUUGAUGACUUGGUCACCGGCGCUGACAAUUUACAAGAUGCCUCCUCCAUCAAGAUUCAGACAAGGCAAUUGCUUCUUGAAGGUGGUUUCGAGCUACGCAAAUGGUUCUCUAAUGUACCUGAUCUUCAAGACGAUCAACUUUCCAAUCCUGAAAAGGAAUUCGUACUAUCUUCCGACAAGGAAUGCGAAACAAGGACACUGGGUCUUGUGUGGAACUGUACCCAUGAUCACUUCCAAUUUUCUAGUAUCUCCUGUCUGCCACCUUUGGCUACGCCCACCAAAAGGCAAGUACUAUCAAGAGUCGCUUUGGUUUUUGAUCCUCUCGGACUUUUUGGACCUGCGACUGUCAUUGCUAAAAUCAUUAUUCAACAACUCUGGCUCCUCAAGAUUGGCUGGGAUGAAGCUCUUCCCUUGGAUUCAACCACUAAAUGGAAACGCUACGAGCGUGAGUUGCCAAUUUUGAGAGACAUGACUAUUUCACGACGCGCUAUCGCGCUAAGUGAACAUAUCAACUUAGAGCUCCAUGGCUUCUCUGACGCCAGUGAACGAGCUUAUGGCGCGUGCAUCUAUUUACGUGCCACUGAUGCUGACGGAAACAUUUCAAUUAGAUUGCUCUGCUCUAAAAACCGUGUAGCUCCACUUAAGAGUCUAUCAAUUCCGCGCUUGGAAUUAUGCGCAGUCCUCUUGUUGACUCAGAUCACCGACAAGAUUUUGAAACGUAUUACUCACAAAAUUACAUCUAUUUAUCUGUGGACCGACUCCACCAUAGUUUUAGCCUGGCUGCAAUAA